UACACACCAUCAACUUUAGAUAAACCUCCAAAUAGAUAUCAGAUUACAUUAAAGGAUGCUACACCAUCAACUUUAGAUAAACCUCCAAAUAGAUAUCAGAUAACAUUAAAGGAUGCUACACCAUCAACUUUAGAUAAACCUCCAAAUAGAUAUCAGAUUACAUUAAAGGAUGCUACACCAUCAACUUUAGAUAAACCUCCAAAUAGAUAU